AUGCAAUUUUUGGGGGUCUCUGGAAAUAGAAAGGUCAUGCAGCUUGGAACCGGUGAGACAUUACAAUCUUUAAGUCAUCAGAGAAAUGAUGAAGAAGCUGUUGUGGAUAGAGGAGGAACUCGGUCCAUUCUCAAAACUCAUUUUGAAAAGGAAGAUCUAGAAGGUCAUCGAACAUUGUUCAUUGGUGUUCACGUGCCACUGGGUGGAAGAAAAAGUCACAGGCGCCAUAGGCACCGUGGACAUAAACACAGAAAAAGAGACAGAGAACGAGAUUCAGGAUUAGAAGAUGGGAGAGAAUCUCCUCCAUUUGCUCAUCUCUUUCAAAUCAUGGCUUUGAAUGUGGUAACAGUGGGGGAUGAGUUAACGUGGUUGAAGUUUGAAGAAGAUGUAGAAGAUGGUGGGGAGAGGUGGAGCAAACCGUAUGUUGCCACACUGUCACUUCAUAGCUUGUUUGAGCUGAGAAGCUGUAUCCUGAAUGGCACUGUUUUGUUGGACAUGAGAGCUAACUCCAUAGAAGAAAUUGCAGAUAUGAUUCUGGACCAGCAGGUGGGCUCUGGGCAGCUCAGUGAGGAUGUUCGUCAUAGAGUACAUGAGGCAUUACUGAAACAGCAUCACCAUCAGAACCAGAAGAAACUGAGCAAUAGGAUCCCAAUUGUGAGAUCCUUUGCUGAUAUAGGAAAGAAGCAAUCUGAGCCACAUUCCAUGGAUAAAAAUGGUCAGAUUGUUUCCCCACAAUCUGCUCCAGCCUGUGUUGAGAACAAAAAUGAUGUGAGCAGAGAAAAUAGCACUGUUGACUUUAGCAAGGUUGACUUACAUUUCAUGAAAAAGAUACCACCUGGAGCUGAAGCAUCAAACAUCUUAGUUGGUGAGCUGGAAUUCCUGGACCGUGCAGUUGUUGCUUUUGUUAGGUUAUCGCCUGCAGUGCUGCUUACAGGACUAGCUGAAGUUCCGAUUCCAACUAGAUUUUUGUUUAUUCUUCUUGGGCCAUUGGGUAAAGGGCAACAAUAUCAUGAGAUUGGAAGAUCAAUUGCAACGCUGAUGACAGAUGAGGUGUUCCAUGACGUUGCUUACAAAGCAAAAGACCGCAAUGACUUGGUGUCUGGAAUUGAUGAGUUUCUUGAUCAGGUUACAGUUCUCCCUCCUGGAGAAUGGGAUCCAACAAUCCGAAUAGAACCACCUAAAAACGUUCCCUCUCAGGAAAAACGUAAGAUUCCAGGAGUACCAAAUGGGACUGCAGCUCAUGGGGAACCAGAACAUCCUGGAGGACACUCUGGACCAGAAUUGCAACGCACUGGAAAAUUUUUUGGUGGAUUGAUUUUAGAUAUAAAAAGAAAGGCUCCAUUCUUCUGGAGUGACUUCAGGGAUGCUCUCAGUCUACAGUGUCUGGCAUCAUUUUUGUUUCUCUACUGUGCUUGCAUGUCUCCUGUCAUCACAUUCGGUGGUCUACUGGGAGAAGCUACUGAAGGUCGUAUAAGUGCGAUAGAAUCGUUGUUUGGAGCGUCCAUGACUGGAAUUGCCUACUCUCUCUUUGGUGGACAGCCUCUCACUAUACUUGGCAGUACAGGACCAGUUCUAGUGUUUGAGAAGAUUUUAUUCAAAUUUUGCAAAGAGUAUGGGUUAUCAUAUCUUUCCCUGAGAGCUAGCAUUGGUCUGUGGACUGCAAUCCUGUGCAUCAUCCUUGUUGCAACUGAUGCAAGCUCCCUGGUCUGUUACAUUACCCGGUUUACUGAAGAAGCUUUUGCUUCUCUUAUCUGCAUAAUUUUCAUUUAUGAGGCCUUAGAGAAGCUAUUUCAUCUCAGUGAGACAUAUCCAAUCAACAUGCAUAAUGAUUUGGACCUGCUGACUAAGUACUCAUGCAAUUGUGUGGAACCAGAGCAUCCUAGCAAUAAAACCUUACGAUACUGGCAGGACUACAAUAUAUCUGCAUCUGAUGUGCCAUGGGGGAACCUAACUGUGUCAGAAUGUAAAAAGCUUCAUGGAGAAUUUGUUGGACGAGCCUGUGGUCACCAUGGUCCUUAUGUUCCAGAUGUCCUUUUCUGGUCUGUCAUCUUAUUUUUUUCUACAGUAACUCUGUCAUCCACACUGAAGCAGUUCAAAACUAGCCGAUACUUCCCAACAAAGGUACGAUCUGUUGUCAGCGAUUUUGCUGUCUUUCUUACUAUUUUGUCCAUGGUUUUAAUUGACUAUGCCAUUGGGAUCCCAUCACCAAAACUUCAAGUUCCAAACGCUUUUAAGCCCACCAGAGAUGAUCGUGGAUGGUUUAUUACUCCUUUGGGGCCUAAUCCUUGGUGGACAGUGAUAGCUGCUGUAAUUCCAGCUCUGCUUUGUACUAUCCUUAUUUUUAUGGACCAGCAAAUUACAGCUGUCAUUAUAAAUAGAAAAGAGCAUAAACUAAAGAAAGGGUGUGGAUACCAUCUUGACUUACUCAUGGUGGCAGUCAUGCUUGGAGUGUGUUCCAUUAUGGGAUUGCCGUGGUUUGUUGCAGCCACUGUCCUCUCUAUUUCUCAUGUGAACAGCUUAAAACUGGAAUCAGAGUGUUCUGCUCCAGGGGAACAGCCGAAAUUUCUUGGAAUCCGGGAGCAAAGAGUCACAGGGCUCAUGAUUUUUGUACUCAUGGGCUCAUCUGUCUUUUUGACAAGUAUUCUGAAGUUUAUCCCUAUGCCAGUACUUUACGGAGUAUUCCUUUACAUGGGUGCUUCAUCUCUAAAGGGAAUUCAGCUUUUUGACAGGAUAAAAUUAUUCUGGAUGCCUGCAAAGCAUCAGCCAGAUUUUAUUUAUCUGAGGCAUGUUCCUCUUAGAAAAGUCCAUCUCUUCACUGUAAUUCAGCUGAGUUGUCUUGUACUCCUAUGGAUUAUAAAGGUUUCAAGAGCUGCUAUUGUCUUUCCCAUGAUGGUCUUAGCUUUGGUGUUUGUCCGAAAACUCAUGGAUUUUUUUUUCACUAAACGGGAGCUCAGUUGGUUAGAUGAUUUGAUGCCUGAGAGCAAGAAAAAGAAACUAGAAGACGCAGAGAAAGAGGAAGAGCAAAGUAUGUUAGCGAUGGAAGAGGAAGGGACUGUUCAAUUGCCUCUAGAAGGACAUUACAGAGAUGAUCCAUCUGUGAUAAACAUUUCUGAUGAGAUGGCAAAAACUGCUGUGUGGAAGACACUGUUGAUAUCCUCUGAGAAUGCAAAAGAUAAGGAGUCAAGCUUUCCUUCUAAAAGUGCUGAAAUCAGACAAGAGAAGAAAGCUGACUCAGGGAAAGGUGUCGACCGAGAGACUUGUCUAUGACCUGUUCUAAAA